CCGUCGUCAAACUGUGAGGCUAAUAUGCUAACAUGCUAACCCUGGAAAAGUUACCGGUGUUAAAACAGUUAAAGUAAAACCAUGAAAGCUGAGGAAAGCCGGCUGUGUGAGCGGAGAGGGUCCGCGGAGACCGAAGGGACAGAGUGGACAGACUUUUAAAGUUGUCCACUGUCCACAGGACUGUCCAGUUAGCCUGUUAGCGGCUAACGGAGACGGCUAGCACUGGGUAAAGUUCUCAAACAAGCUGACGGAGGUGAGAGUCACCGGGAAUUAGACGGAUCCAUGACCGAGAAGGGUCCAGUUUAGGAUGGCCGAGGACGGAGGACAGGAGCCGGGAGGAGCCGAGUUCAUCCGAGAGCGUCUGUAUUUUGCCACAUUGCGCAGUAAACCCAAAAGCACGGCCAACACGCAUUACUUCUGCACCGACGACGAGUUCAUCUACGAAAAUUUCUAUGCAGACUUCGGUCCUCUGAACCUGGCCAUGCUCUACAGAUACUGCUGUAAACUCAACAAGAAGCUGAAGUCGUUCACUCUGACCAGGAAGAGGAUCGUUCACUACACCAGCUUUGACCAGAGAAAGCGCUCCAACGCCGCCGUGCUAAUUGGAGGCUACGCUGUGAUCUACUUGAAGAAAACUCCAGAAGAAGCAUACAGAGCUCUGACCUCUGGGUCCAACGCCUCCUACCUGCCCUUCAGGGAUGCUUCCUUUGGGAGUUGCACCUACAACCUCACUGUGCUGGAAUGUCUGCAGGGCAUCAGGAAGGCUCUGCAGCACGGAUUCUUCGACUUUGAAACGUUCGAUGUAGACGAGUAUGAGCAUUAUGAGCGUGUAGAGAAUGGGGACCUGAACUGGAUUGUCCCAGGGAAGUUCCUGGCCUUCAGCGGUCCUCAUCCUAAAACUAAAGUAGAGAACGGUUACCCGCUCCACGCCCCUGAGGCGUACUUCCCCUACUUCAGGAAACACAACGUCACCGCCGUCGUACGCCUCAACAAGAAGAUCUACGACGCCAAGCGCUUCAGCGAUGCCGGCUUCAGCCACUAUGACCUGUUCUUCCUGGAUGGAAGCACGCCUAGUGACAUCAUCACCCGCCGCUUCCUGCACAUCUGUGAGAGCACCGACGGCGCUGUGGCCGUCCACUGUAAAGCUGGACUGGGCCGGACGGGCACUCUGAUUGGCUGUUACCUGAUGAAGCAUUACCGCUUCACAGCGGGGGAGGCCAUCGCCUGGAUCCGGAUCUGCCGUCCGGGCUCUGUGAUUGGACCGCAGCAGAACUUCCUGGAAGAGAAGCAGGCGUCGCUAUGGUUACAAGGAGAUGGGCAGCGCUCCCAGAAGAACAGGACAGAAGAGAGGGCGGGGCCACACCUCAUCAGCAGUAUGGACCAACUCAGCCUAAGCCCCGCCCACAACACCGGCUCCGACCGACCGCAGGAGAGCGACAUGUUGGACUCAGUUCCAGGUCUGACUCAGGGAGACAAACUGAGAGCAUUAAAGGGACGAAGAGCACCAAGAGGAGGAACUACUGGAGACAGGAGGGUCGAGGAGAUGAAGAUACACAGCAGGUCUGCCUCCCAGCCUCUGAGGUUAUCGAUGGGCGUGGCUCCAGGCCCCACCUCCCCACUCAAACUCUCCAAAUUCCCAGCAUCUUCUGCUUCAGCUGCAGCCAAGAGGAUCGGCAGAAACCCGUCCACAGCAGCAACGAACCUGCGCAGCUCUGCCCUAUCCUCUCGGUUGGCCAGUUCCCUCAGUGACCUGUACGCUGCAGAAGUGGAGGAGGACCUGACGGCGCCGUACGCCUCCCUUGCUCCGCCCUCCUCUCUUGCUCCUCCCUCCUCCUCCUCUACCUCCUCCUCAGUGUCUGUUAACUCCUCCUCCAUGGCUCCGCCUUCUCUGUCUCGCUAUGCUAACAUCCCCCGCGGCGGCCAACACGAGGUCAACAACAACAGUGCUUUGUUUAUGGGGGCGUCGGCCAACCCGAUGGGGAAAAGCCCUGCCUUCCUCCACAGCGGGCGACCGGGGCCUCCGGACGUGGGCGGGUACCGCGGCCAGGGCCCGUACGGUGCCGCCCUGAAAGGCCCAUCAGGACGCUACCUGAGCCGCUCCAUACCUUCUCUUCAGUCGGAGUUCAUCCAGUACUAAACCCGCCCAUCUGCCCUGACCACACCCACCAUUACCCACAAUCCUCCUGUGCUGGUGGAAGGGAUGCUGCUGGAGCCACUGAAGGAACACUGGGAGGAGCUAACAAGCUAACAGCGCUAAUGGGCUAACAGAGCUACCAGCCCUAAUGGGCUACCAGCGCUAAUGGCGCUAACGGGCUAGCGGCUGCUCGUGUUCAUCCUGUGUGUAAAUACUGACGUCUGUUUGAACAAGAUGAAGAUUUAUUUAGAUAAAGAAAUAUUUUAUAUUUGUUAUCUGUGAAAAAAGAAGAAGAUGAUGUAUUUUUGUUUUUAUGUAUUUUUGUUGUAUUUUUGUUUGAAUGGAGCUGAUUUAGUUUGGACUGUUUUUGUUUUUUGUAAACUGAAGGAUCAGGUGACCAGCUCUGUCGCCAUAGUUACAGUAUUUACCUCUGAUUAUGGGAGUGGUCAGUGUUCUGUGUCCUGAUUGGUCCACGGACUGAUACUACAACCUGCUCUGGUGGAUCUGGUGGAUCUGUUGGAUCUGGUGGACCUGGUGGAUCUUAUGGAUCUGGUGGACCUGUGGUAAAAGUGCUCCGAUACAAACAAACCGAUUAAAAGUCCACUCGCAGUCACUGAAAACUUUGAGUCCAUAUUUUUGGACAUCAUUUUUCUUUUAAACCCUAAACUGGACUUUUUUCAUCUGAAUCAUUUGUUUUAGAUACUGGCACAGAAACACAAAUCUAAAGUUUACAGAAGAAUUUCAAAACCAAAAACUGAACAGUAGAAAAUGGCCCCUGCCAAACACACAGUCCCAACAGUAGCGGUCCUGGUCCUGGUCCUGGUCCUGGACUCGGUCUAUGUUCACCAGAGCCUGUGGUGUUGUGGCGUUCCACCAGGUUUGGGACCAGCCCAUACAUAGGCCUGGACUCAGACCGGCCUCCACCAUACCCAGGCCCAACCUGCAGACCCAUGAUGCCUUCACUGGACUAUCAAUGGAGGCCUUUUUUGGGCCUUUAUUAGGGUGGUCCAACAAUCCUGGUCAAAAAUACAGUUUCAGAUAACCUCAGUUAGAACCCUGCAUUAGGUUUAUUCAUUCAAAAGAUGAUUUAGGAAAAAAUUUGGAAGAAAAAGCAGAUGUUUUAGAGGCAGCGCAAGUUGCUAAAAUUUCCUGUAAAUGGACUAAUUGUUCAUUUUCAGCACAGCCGAGCUGAGCUGUAAGAGAAGAGCAGGACUAUCAAAACCAAAUUCUGAGGAAUUCGGCUGGAAAUAUAUGGAUGAAGUAACUCUGCCCACAUCUGUGGUACUGGAGUAAAUAUAUGGAUGAAGUAACUCUGCCCACAUCUGUGGUAAUGGAGUAAAUAUAUGGAUGAAGUAACUC